AGAAAAAAAGGAGCGAGGACAGAAGACGGGAGUCGCGGAGGGCAAAAGCAAAAUGUUACACGCCUUCGGCCGGCCUAUUGAUCCGCCAAAUGACCUCUAUUUUGCUUAAAAUUCUAGUAGAAUAUUCCAUGCAACGCGAAUAACACUUUUACGGAGCUCGAUUUUAGUUUCAACGGUUAGAUUUUUGAAUAUGAGGUGAACUUAAGCCAUCAAAUGGCACGUGUGAUGGGCAAAGAAGAGGUAAGAAUAGAUAUCAGCUCGCUAGCACAAGAUGGACAUGAAAUUGAGACUGGGACUUCACCUGAACAGAUGCCACCUGUAGAUCUACUUUCUGGAGAUAGAGACCUCUACCUCGCUGUAUGCAUACCUCUUUAUCGUGCCGCCAUGAAAGGUGACUGGAAAACUGCUAAAGGUAUUUUUGAAAUGUUUCCUGCAGCAGUGCGCUUGACCAUCACACCAGGAGGGGACACAACCCUUCAUAUUGCUGCUGCAGCAAAGCAUGUCUACUUUGUUGAGGAGAUGGUGAAAAUUAUGGAACCAAAAGACUUAGAACUUAAGAACCAAUAUUCGAAUACUGCUUUUUGGUUUGCUGCUGCAGCAGGAAUAGUGGGAAUUGCAAAGGCUAUGGUGAAAAAGAAUGAAAUCCUUCCAAUGAUCCGAGCUUAUGAUGAAAUGACACCACUCCAUGUGGCUGCUCUAUUAGGACAUAGUGAGAUGGUGUGGUAUCUCUACAACAAGACUGAUCAUGAACAAUUAACUGUUAGCGAUUGGGUUAAGCUGCUUAAUGCAUGCAUCAGUACUGAUCUGUAUGAUGUAGCCUUGGACAUAUCGAGCCAUCACCCAACAUUGGCUGUAGAAAGAGAUGGGAAUGGUGAAACUGCAUUGCAUCUCCUGGCUCGGAAGCCUUCUGCAUUCUCGGGGGGAGAUCAGCUUCAUAUAUGGAACACUGUCAUUAAUUCAAUAUCAUGUAAAAGAGUGGAAGACAAGAAAAAUUUGAGGCAAAACAAAUCUCUUAAACUAGUCAAACACCUUUGGCAGCAGGUUAUAGUACAACCGCACUCCGAGAUUUUAGAUCUGAUCAGAUCUCCUUCUCCACUGCUCCUUGUUGCAGCAGAAUUAGGAAACACUGUGUUCUUAAAAGAGCUUAUUGCCAUAUAUCCUGAUCUCAUAUGGGAAGUAGACGAUCACAAUAGGUCUAUAUUUCAUAUUGCAGUUUUACAUCGCCAGGAGAAUAUCUUCAAUCUUAUAUAUGAGAUAGGUUCAAUGAAGGAUUUGAUUGUGCCAAAUAAAGAUGAGAAUGAAAACAACAUCUUGCAUUUGGCUGGAAGAUUGGCACCCCCACGUCAACGCAAUAUUGUCGUAGGUGCAGCUCUUCAAAUGCAACGAGAGCUAUUAUGGUUUAGGGAGGUGGAAAAGAUGGUGCUACCUUCAUUCAGAGAAAGGAAAAACAGAGAUGGUGAAACACCCUGGGAUUUGUUCACUAAGGAGCACAAAGAUUUAAUGAAGGAGGGGGAGAAGUGGAUGAGAGGAACAGCUGCUCAGUCUAUGCUUGUUGCAACCCUCAUAGCCACUGUUGUGUUUGCUGCAGCCCUCACUGUACCAGGCGGUAGCAAUCAAGAUACUGGCAUUCCUGUUUUGUUGAGAAAGAAACCCUUCAUAAUUUUUGCAGUAGCGGAUGCAAUAGCGUUAUUCACCUCUUUGACUUCAAUACUAGUGUUCUUAUCUAUUGUCCUAACUUCACGCUAUGCAGACGACGAUUUUCUCGAGUUAUUACCUUCCAGGUUGAUGUUUGGACUCUUAACACUCUUCAUUUCAAUUAUAUCGAUGAUGGUAACUUUUACCGCGACCUUUUUUCUACUUUUCAGUCAUGGAGUCACAUGGGCCCCUAUUCUUGUUGCUGUAUUUGCUUUUUUGCUGGUCACACUUUAUUUUUCAAUGCAAUGCCGCCUUUGGGCACAUAUAAUUCGCGCUACAUAUUGCUCUAGGCUUAUCUUUAGACCCAGGAAGCAUAUGCUUUACUAGUGAAGUUCAAAUUUUGCAAUGAGAAACUUCAUUGGCUAAGCUACUUUUCCUUUCUAGUUGUAUUCCAUCAAACUUGUGCUUCGCCUGUAUGUAAGUAGACUUUAAUUGUAUUUCUAUUUUAGUGCAUUUCUUCUCCUGUAAAAAACUUCACCAACAUUUAUAAACUUCAUGUAUUAAAUAAAUGCAUAUCUUGCCGUCAUUCA